AUGUAUAACAGGGACUACGUGAGCGGGCCGAUGAGCAAGACAAUCAACACCCGGAAAUUUAGGCGGACCGUGCGAGACAACUUGCUCAAUGUGCUGAGCCGUGUCUCGGAUGGGGAAAGUCCUCAGGUUUUGGUCGUUCAGCAGAAGCUGGUGCGAUAUCUGAACGGGCUGUGCACCUUUAGCCAACUGAAGGAGUCGAGCGCUGUCUUGCAUAUUAUAACUGAUGACGCGAACUGUGCGAAGAACAUUGAAGAGGUGCUUUCAGUGAGCGAGUAUCAAUUGGUCUUCCUUGUCGACGUAAGGUCAGAUAUACGUUUGCCAGAAGGGCUAACUAGGGUUAUCAAGAAUUUCAAAGACCGCAAGGCUCACCUGGUCUACGUAUCGUGGGAGACGGAGCCGUCAAAUAAACAAGGAAAGCUGCCACACCAUCUUAGCCUUCAAUUGGACUCGGCGGUGCCCAUAUCCCCGUGGUUUGUGCUGCCCACUUGCACUUUGGAUGACAACUUGCUGAGUUGCGAAGUGCUGUACAACGCCGACGGCGACAGCCUGUAUGCGCCUGCUGUGAAGACUUUGCAGAAGGCUACGCGCGAGGUGUUGAUCCAGAACCUGUCGAAUGCAGUCCAGGUUGUGCUGAAGGAAGCAGGGCUCGCAGUUACGCACGCGGCAUCUUUCGGGAACACCUCGCAUAAACUAGUAGACCACGUACGAAGCAGCUUAGAGGGCCGAAAAGAUGAGAACGAUCGGUUUGUGGAAGACACGCUUUACGGCGCCCGCCAUUCCGGGUUGCAGUGCAACCUGGUCGUGGUAGAAAGAGACAUGGAUCUGCUGACGCCCCUGUGCUCGCAGCUUACGUACGCUGGCAUUCUGGAUGACCUCUACGAACUGCGAGGGACAAGCCUGGUAAACCCGCCAACGCUCACGGACGUGGAGGUCAAGACGCUCGACUACACCAAGGACGAAGUGUGGAACGAGCUGAAGUUCAAGAACUUUGGAGCGUUGGGACCCCGGCUCAACGAGCUUGCGCGGGAAUUACAAACAGAAUACGACGCAAGGCACCAGGCGGAGAGUGUUGGCGAGAUCAAGCAGUUCGUGGAAAACCUCGGGUCCCUGCAAGAGCGGCAAAAGAUACUGAAGCUGCACACAACGCUGUCGUCCAAGGUGGUGAGUGAGGUCAGCGAGCUGGAGGACGGCGAAGAAGAGUCUCUGUUCAACCGGGUGGUAGAGCUGGAGCAGGACCUAGUAACCGGAAACGCGAGCCAGCGCGCGAGCUGCGACAGGAUUCUGGAGCUCCUGUACGAGGGCCAGUUGCCACGCUCCGCGCUCGUCCGGCUUUGCUGCAUCCUGUCGUUGACGUGCAACGGUGUGCGCGAGCGCGAGUACAACCUGAUACGGACCGAGAUGUGCGACGCGUGGGGCGUCAAUGCUGUCUUCCGUCUGCAGCGGCUAGCCCGCGCCGGGAUGUUCGUGAGCAAGCAGAACGCGGCAGAGCACUCGCCGUGGCACGACUUCAACUCGUUCGCGGCGUACCUGGACCUGGUGCCCCAGCAGGAGGGCGAGAGCGACCCGGGGAGGCCGCUGGACGCGUCGUUCGCGUACUGCGGCUCCGUCCCCGUGGUCACGCGAAUGGUGCAGCUGCUGUACGACCGGUCAAUAGUCACCAAGACGUUUUCGUCGCAGCAGCCCUUCAUUAUCUCGCGCACGCCGUCGUGGCGCGGGCUGGAGGAGCUGUUCGGGCAGCAGUACGGGCGCGACAAGGUACGCGAGCAGAAGUGGGACGCGUCGGGCGCGGCACGGACCAAGAUCAUCGGCAAAAGCGAGGGCGCGGACCCAGUGCUGGUCGUGUUCGUGGGCGGGGCGACCGUGGGCGAGGUGGCGACACUGCAGUUCCUGUCGGGCCAGCUGCGACGGAAGGGCGUCCACAAGCGCUUUAUCGUGCUCGCGGAUGGGAUAGCAGGCGGCGCGCGGAUCGAGCUCGGCGGCUAA